AUGUAUUCUGUUUCGAGUACUAAACAAACCUCAGUUAUGACUCGAAUUGCAGUUGGAAACAUGAGAGUUGUUUUCACACAAACAGAUCUAUAUGGAGGAGUUGUUACAAAAACCAUUCCACUCGUAGGCACUUUUCCAGCAAGCAUUUCUCCAGGUAGUAGUACAUUACAACAAUGUGUGCAAUAUAUAAGCGAAAAGAUAUCACCAUCCAAUGAAACCACGAAUAUUCACACAGCUAAUAAUUAUGCCAUCCUAUUGAACAUGUGUGUCAGUGGUUCAUUUGUGGUGAGCUCGUCACCUUUUGAUUACGGAAUGAUUAAUACCACACUUGUCAACAUUUUUUCAACCAUCAGCUACAUGAGAACGAACGUAUUCCAUUCGAGUGUCAAUGACUUGGCUGCAGAAUAUUUAACACCACUCGUUGUACAAGUAGUUGCCUUCUGUAAGAAAUUGAACAUUUACAACACGUUAUUGCAAACCUAUGGUAAUAUUUUGGCCACUCAUGUGAAAUUUAUUGUACAAAAUAUCAAAGCCUCAAGAAUUUCAAAAAACAAUUUGCAAGCUCUUCAACAAUUAUUACUUGAUAUAUAUUCACAGAAACUAAUGAUUGGAUCCAGUGGAAAUAAUCAACAAUUAUCAAUAAUUACUUCUCAAAUUUUGGAUUUUGUCAAAGUCAUGACACGAUCAUGGGAAAUUCAAUCCAUAAGUACAGAUGGCGAAUAUUCUAGUAACGCAUUGACAGCUAAAAUUUUCACAGUGCCCAACAUUGCUGAAUUUUCAGGAAGGACUUUCUCACUGUUUGGAAAUAGCACCAUGACCUUCCCCAAGAGUGGUCUCACCGAUGCAUUCUCCACUUCACGAUAUCGAGUCUUGACCUCUGUUUAUGAUUUUUCAAACAUUUUUUCAAAUUUACUUCCGACCAAUUCAGUUCCUUUCAUUCAAAGCAUUUAUACUCUGGAUGUUAAAAGAAGCAACGACGAUACCAUACUUGAUGUGAAUAAUUUACCACAACCCAUUCAACUCACAUUCAAUAUUUCCUCAAAUAAUCUCAAUUCCACACUCUUACAAUUAUAUUCAGAAAAGAAGGCAAAUAUUGUAUGUCGAUAUUUCCUCGAGUCGAAUUCUGUAUGGAUCAAUGAUUCGACCAUUACAACCUCGGUUCAAUCUUUGGUAAUGACACAAAGUGUUCCCACAUUUAAUGCAACUUUAAAUUCGACAGUCAUGAUCAAUUCGACCACUACGAACUAUGUCAUUACAUGUUCGACCAAUCAUUUGACUUCAUUUGCAGUAUUUGCCGACAUUUAUCCACCAUUCAUCAAUACUUCCACCAAUUCUACGAACACGACCAAUAUUGAUCCAAACAAUCCUCGUGUGGUCACUCCCACUGGUCUCGGUGGAGGCGAAAUUGCUGCCAUUGUUGUUUCCAUACUCGUCGUGUGUGUUCUUGCUCCAUUGGCCAUUCUUGUUUUUGCAGCUUUAGGAUUUUAUCUAUUGAAGAGAAAACAAAAAUCAAAAGCAACUACAAAUUCUCAUGUGGCAGCUACCAGUGAAGCGCUGGUCAUGAAAGAACUCGAACCAAAGAGUCAUUUACAAGAUUCUUCAUCUGCUCUUUUCAUUAGCGAGUAUCGAUCCAUGAAAGGAGGCACAGCAAUGAAUGAUUUCUCUUCACAAAGUUCAGUCACUUCAAGUCCAACCACUUCGACCAUUGUCACUCAAAAUAUUUUGGGUAAAAAGUAUGAAAUUAUUGAGAAAAUUGGAGCAGGAGCAUUCGGAGCAGUGUUUAAGGCAUCGAAUUUGAGUUAUUCUGGCAAGUCAUCCGAGAGUCCAUUUGUGGCAGUGAAAAAGAUUCAACUCUCAGGUCUUUCUGAAUUGAAUGAAAAGUUCAAGGAAGCAGUUGCCAUGUUCAAGACCAAACACGAUCAUUUGGUUUCACUCCAAGAUGCACUCAUUGAUGAAGCAAGCAUGUCUCUCUUCCUCGUCAUGAAAUAUUACGCGCAUGGAGAUUUGGAUCAAUUCAUUAAGGAUAAGAAACAUCUCCCAGAAAAGGUAUUGAAACAAAUCAUUGUUCAAGUGUGUCAGGGUUUAAAGUAUUUGGAGCAAGAACGAGACAUGUUGCAUCGUGAUGUGAAACCUUCGAAUAUUUUCAUUGAAUCGUUUGAUACGAAAAAGAAUAAGAUUCAAGUCGUGUUGAGUGAUUUUGGACUCGCACGAGAAAGUACCAUGUUGCAGUCGAUGAGUUUUGCUGGAACUCCCUUCUUUAUGAGCCCACAAAUGCUCAUUGGAAGCAAGUAUAGUUUCAAUGCAGAUAUUUUCAGUUUGGGUUGCAGUAUCUUUGGUUUGGCCACGUUUGAUUUAACCGUGUCGUUGGCUCAGCUCUAUUUCAAAAGAUGCCAAACAUUGAAGAAGUCAAGCAAUAUGUGA